AUGUUAGUCACCAAUGAUAGGUCCUUCUUUUUCUUUUGCAAACAAAUAUAUCAAAAAGCGAGCUUUUUUCGAACAGAAAAGGGUUCACGAUACCACCGCAACAACACAAUUUACGAGAUAUUUUACUUGGUCUUUCUCUUUUGGAAGGUCUUUAUUGCUAGUCUAAAGUCUGUCUUUGGAUACCAUAAAACCUCCAGAAGAGAAAUCAGAACAACCAUUGUAUUGGAAUGGGAGAACAAGAAGUUACAAUUGAACUUUAAAGAGUUCUCGAAAGGAUUUGAUCAAGCUACUGUGAGGGAUUUGAAGGAGAAAUGCAAAUUGCUGACCAAUGUGCCUAUUGCAACUAUGAAGCUUCAAGUGUCUGGUGCUAAUUUGAAGGAUGACAAUGCCACAUUAUCGAGCGUUGGGGUUCAUACCAACUCGGUCAUCUCGUUGAACGGUGAAUUAGUUGACGAAUCCGUUGUCAAACAAACAGCGUCUGGUAAUCCUGAAGAAUACGGACUCAUGGUUCGCAUUGCCAAGAUUGUGGACACCUUAUCAGACGGCACUGUGGAUCAAAUCGAAGAUUUUGAGGAAAUGAUUUCAGCAUCCAGCGGCAAAAAGCUGAACGAGAACGACAAAAAGAAGUUACAGGACAAAGGCAUUUAUCUAUCAGAAAAGAUCAUGCAAGGCCUUAUCAGUUUAGACGGCGUGGAAUGUCCCAGUAGCUUUGAAACUGCUAGACAACGCAGAAGAGACGGCGUGAAGCUAUCUCAGCAACUACUAGAGCGCGUGGAUAAAUCAAGGGCUGUCGUUAGAGAUUUAUGUAAAAAGUAA